CUAUCGAUACCUGGCAACUACUUUCGCGAUCCGUUGAAUCGCAUGGUGAAAGAUGGCAUGACCGAGGAGAAUUCGAUUUCUCUCGCAAAUAUCGAAAAAUUCGCUACACACGUAAGUGAGUGUAUGCAUCCGGUGCGUAGAAAGCGUUCUCCGAAGACCACUGAACAGCAAGAUCAAAAUGACUGCGUUGAAAAGCAACAGAUGCACGAUACCGAAUCGGGUGAUUCUGUGAGGCACAUAGGAGAUGGAGGCGAUGAUGGAUGCAGUAAAAGCAUUGGUGAAUUCAUAGCUAAUCGCAUGUUUUCGGCGAAACGACAUAAGAAUCGUUCAGCGUGGAAAAGGAAGACGAAAAAACAUAAAGCGGAUGUCGAGCAACUGCAUGUACUGGCAUUGAUUGUGCAAAAAUGUUGGGUGGAUUUAGCUGUGGCGCGGAACGAUAAAGCUUCGUUGAGUCGUCUAUGGGAGUGGAGUGUACAGAAUAAACUGGAAGCAAGUCUCUUGGAAAGCCGACGUUUGAAAAAUAUUUUCGCCACCAAAAUCGGCCGAGCGACUUCCAAGGAAUAG